AUGCAGCUCCCACUAGAGACUUCGUCGGAGCUUUUAAGGUGGCGCAUUCACGGACUGGGUUGCCUUGGUUUGAUUGCUGAAGUUAAGAAGGCUUCGCCUACCAGAGGAAUUCUCAGAGAGGAUUUUGAUCCGGUUGAGAUUGCUAGGGCAUAUCAGAAGGGUGGAGCCGCAUGCCUUAGUGUUUUGACUGAUGAAAAGUAUUUUAAGGGAAGCUUUGAAAAUUUGGAGGCAAUAAGGAGUGCCGGAGUAAAGUGCCCUCUACUUUGCAAAGAAUUUGUGAUUGAUGCAUGGCAGAUAUAUUAUGCUCGAAUUAAGGGAGCAGAUGGAAUACGUUUAAUUGCUGCUGUUUUGCCUGAUCUUGACAUCAGAUACAUGGUUAAAAUCUGCAAGAUGCUUGGUUCGGCAGCGCUUGUAGAGGUUAGACCAGGAGCUUUCAUUGUUAUUAUUAUUGAUCUCGUACUUUUUAAUUAG